AUGGCCGCAAAGCAGAAAGUGUCACCGCCGUUGAUCGAUCCAAUUGCCCGGCCAAUGAAACUGGCCACGAUACAGGAACUCACCUCGAACACCGAAGAGUACAGCACAGAUCUCGGACUGAUGAAGAAUUGCAAAAAGCCAAUCAGCAGACCAAUUCCAAAUGAGAUCGGCAUAUCGAUCCACGAGCCCCCGAAUCCCCACGGAGUAACCAUGGCCGACGAGAACGCGUACAGAAGCACACAUAUCCAUUUGUUGAACCUUGGCUUUCUUCCAAGGAUCUCGUCCAAAUUUCCGCUUGCUUCCUCAACGCCAAUACGGUCGUGCACAACGGCCUUGUAG